AUGUCGCUUCCGCCCCCGGUAUCUCGACACGACUAUCACUACUUCAAUGGUGACUUCUUAGUGACCAGCUCCAACCAGAACCGUCAUCGCCGGGCCUCCGUCCAAGAACUCCAAAUCCUCUUCCAUCCCGCCCCUGGACAGGCACCCGUGAAGGACCAUCCCGCGCAUUGGUAUCGAGCUCAGUUGCUACACUAUGGGCUUCAGCCAUCCGACAACAAAGGCACCGCCGCCAAACGAUUACUCGACGCCUUGAACCAGGGCAUCCUGGCGGUUCCCGCGCAUCUGCAGCGGCUAGAAAAAGAGCUCAAAAAGGAAUGGGACGCGAAUGUCCGAAAAGCAAAGAAGGAACUCGCCGACGCUCAAAGGCUUACAGAAGCGCAAGGGAAAGACGCAGCGGGAAAAAGCAUCAAGAGGAAGGCGGACCAUGACGAUCUUGCUGCGACAAUCACCGCUGCUGCGAUGACGGGGCUGUCUGCCGCCAACGUCCAGAACGCCAACAUCAAUAUCAACGUGAAUAUUGGGGUAGAUCCUAAUCAAGCCACAACGAACCCUAACUCAACGAAGAAACGAAAAGCGGACGAGAGUCAAGAUGGGUCCCGGGUCAAGAAACCGGCAGCCACCAAAGCAACCACUCCUGCGAAUACACUCAGUUCGCAGCCAACCAGUUCAGACACCCAGCCAACUGCGAUCGGGAACCAUCCACGUCCGCUGCAGACUGCAAGACGGUCUCGUCCUUUCCGACCAGGAGGGGUUACUCGCUCCGCUUCAUCGGCUAAUUCUGCAGCCAACGAGGAAGCCCUCAAACAAACAGCGAAAAAGCAGACGGCGCGGAGUACUCGAGCUGGUUAUGGAGCGGUACAGUCCAGAACCAAUAUCAACGCUUCAUCCCCAGUCGAGGAAUCGCCCAAGAAUCUGAAGCACCGGAACACGGUCUCACCAAAGAGCCACAACCCAAAGCUGGGCUUGAUCAAUGGAACUUAUUGUGUUGAAGUCAACGUCGCAGGACUCGACCUGUCCAAUUCAGGCAUUACUCUCUGUUUGGAGGAUGCCAGUGUCUGGGGCGAGUUCCAGAUUGGCCACCUGACCGGUGUUUUGUUCAUGCCGGAACGCCCGUACAACGUCUUUCACCUAGACCGUGACGACAUCCACGAAGCAUGUUUUUUCCGAUGGCGCGCGACUGAUCGAUCUCGCGGAUACGCACCGAUAGCUGGACGUCUGUGCACAGGAACGAUGAAGUUCCUGGGGGACGGGACGAUUGAAGGAACGUUCGAGCAUCUGCUGGCGGAUGCAAGCGGGGAGUUAUUUGAUUGUGACUUUCGUGCACAGCGACAUCCCGGACAGGGCACGAAGUUUCCAAGAUCGGCAUGGAAUCUGCGGGAGGAGUUCGAGGCGAUCGAACGUAAUGCAGGUGGGUAUUUCUAUGAAGGAGAAUAUCCGAAUGAACCACCUCCUCCGUACGAGCCAAACCAGGAUGAGGAUACGGAGAUGAUGGAUGUGGCCUGGUAG